UCAAUAUUAUGUGAAUAAAAUUGAGUUCAUUUAUGAAUAUGCGACUUUUAUCGGGUCAAAAAGCGAUCUGUGUCUUCCUUGACCUUCUUGCCACCACGAUUUGUUUGGCUCUGUUUUUGGAUAAUUCAAGUGGCGACAAACAGUACAUUUUCCUUUGUCUUAUAGUUUUUGCCACAGACGCUGCGUGCUUCGGAGUGCUCUUUUACAACAUUUACUCCGAAUUACGCACAAAUGGACAGCAAAACCUCGGAAUCCGCGCUUUCUGGAACUUUUUGUAUCCAUUCAAUAAUGUUUACACAGGACAGUUCGUAUGCAUCACUUGCAAAGUGGUUUUCGAGGUUCUCAUCGCAAUUCGGCUGACAUUUGCACUUUCAAUUCCAUAUAUUGUCUAUUUCAUCCCAUUUUGGAUCUUUUGUGGAAUAAUUUUUGUCGAUCUCACGCGGAGACUUUACUCCGUUCAAAAGAAAAUAAAUAAUCAUUGAUUUAU